AUGUCUGGCGACAAUUCCUACGCAAACAAUCCACCGCGAAUUAGUAAAGAUAAUCUUUUCAUGAUCAUCGCACUCUGGAUGAAAGAUUUUGUCACCCGUGAAGGAGCCAAAAUCGAUGAGAAUAUUAACCAAGUUGGGGCAGUAUUAGUAUCUGCUGACGACAAGAUAUACGCAGCUGACUGUUCACGAGAGGGAAUUCAUGCCGUUGCUAGACUAUUGAUAAAACAUCCAGAAAGAGCGAAAGGCUCCAAAAUCUUCAUAUCAAGGGGAAAGUCGUCAGGCAACGACUAUAAAAUCGACGAAGUCGGUGAGAUAUUUAAGUCAAGCUCAGUUGCUGCAUCAUUGUUUAUAUUUGAUAUAAGAAAGAAUGUUCUUGAAGACGUUAGGCAUUGUAAAUCAAAUAAACCAUUCAAUGAAUCUAAGUUUAAUAAAUGGGAGUCAGAAUGGCUCACUGAGGAAAAGGAAAAAAUCAAACGCGAGCAAGCAUGGCCAGCGUAUGAUAAGAAAAUGGACAAGAGAGUUAAAGAACGGUUUGUUGACGCAGCGAAAUGGAUAGCAAGGGUUAUGCAUGCGACUGGAAGGUCUUCAAAAGACUCUUUUCAGAUACAUCCAUAUGUAAAAUCUCAAUCCAGUGAUUUCGACCCUACAGAUCCGAAAAAUCGACAAAAAGCCAAUCAUUUGUUGACUCUUGCAAGUUUUCUUGCUCAACGUUCGGAUGAUCCGAAAACUGGAGAUGGAGCCGUGAUUGUGAACUCAAAGUUGGAAAUCCUCGGAUUUGGUUUGAACGGAUAUCCACUAAAACUGCGUUAUGGUGAAUAUGGAAGAGGAUCAAGCCGCAAUAUAGGUGUCGAGCAAAAACUUCCAUACGUUUUGCACGCCGAAGAAAAUGCUUUACUCAUGCGCAAUUGCCACAACCUUAAAGAUACUAUUGUUUUUGUAACAAAGCAACCGUGUGAUGACUUUAUUAGCAAUGGAAGAAAUUAG